AUGUAUAAUGGCUGGUCUAUUAGUUCUACUUUCCCUAAAUGUGUGACAAUCUUCAUUUAUGUAUGGACAGCGUAUAUCUCAAUCACUAGAGUUAAAGUCGUGCCCUUUGAGUUACUAUUAGUGCUAAUCAUAUGCACAGUAUCCUUAGGUAUAUACACUUAUUCUGAAGUGAUAUCGGUUGGACCUGGGAGUCCUAUUGAUUUUCCAGAUUUAGCUAUCAAGAACUUACAUGACGUUGAAAUGGGAGCUGAAUUACCACCGGAGUAUUUAACGUCGAGGUCUUUAACAAUGAAACAUGAUGGUAGAUUUCGUAUCUGUCAGACAUGCAUGUUCUGGAAACCUGACAGGUGCCACCAUUGCUCUUCGUGCAACAGAUGCAUUUUAAAAAUGGACCACCAUUGUCCAUGGUUUGCUGAAUGUAUUGGUUUCAAAAACCAAAAAUACUUCAUCCAAUUUUUAUUUUAUUGUACUAGCUACUCGAUAAUUGUCCUCUUUGUCACAUCCAUCCAAAUAUAUCACUGGUUUCGCAGUACGUCAUAUGAGUACGAGUUUAUUGAUUUUAAACUCCUAACCGUUUGGCUCUUGGCGAUUGUUAUCUUUAUUUCAUUAGUUCUUUUUACUGGAUUUAGUGUAUUUCAAUUACUGGGAAACCAGACCACCAUUGAACUAUACGCAUAUAGAAGAUACAAAGCAGAAUUAAAUAUAAUAGGCGAUUUAGAUGGCUCAGAAAAUAUCAAUAUAUUUGAUUUAGGGUCUCGUUACGAAAACUGGAAAGAUGUGAUGGGAAAUAGCUGGUUAGAAUGGCUAUUACCAAUCGAAACUUAUAAAUCAAAAAGAAGUAAAAAUACAUUGGACGAAAAAGGACUAUUUUUUGCUGUUAAUUUGGGUAUCAAUGGAAGACUUUUGAAUAAUAUCGGCCUGCAAGAUAGACUUUUCAGAAGGCUAGCUGCAAGACCCUCAACAGAAUCAACACGGCCAUUUAUCGAAGAUUUUUAA